AUGGUUGCUAAAAUGACCAACGAAGAAAAGGCGAGCAUCACUACGGGGGCAACGCAUCCGCAGAAUGGCUGCGCUGGCUGGGCUCCCCCUGUUGAGCGGGUUGGCUUCCCUGGCAUGUGUAUGCAGGGAUCGGGCGCGGGUCUCCGUCCUACAGAACUCGUCACGGCCUACGCCGCUCCAAUUUCCAUUGCGGCUUCGUGGAAUGACGAUCUGGCCUUCCACACGGGUUUACACCGCGGGCUUGAGUACGAGUCCAAGGGUGUGAACGUUGCGCUGGAGCCAAUCUGUGGCCCCGUCGGACGCAUCGCCACGAAUGGCCGCAACUGGGAAGGCUAUGGCUCUGACCCCUACCUGACCGGAAAGAUGAACUAUCAGACCAUUCGAGGGAUUCAGAAAAGAGGCACUGUAUUGGCUUGUGUCAAACAUUUCAUCGCGUACGAGCAAGAGACAAAUCGGUUGCCAAUCGGACACAACGAGUCGGUGUCGUCCAACCUUGAUGACCAGACCAUGCACGAGCUGUACCUUUGGCCUUUCAUGGACGCUAUGAAGGCCGAGUCCGGCAGCGUUAUGUGCGCCUAUAACCGCAUUAAUAACUCGUAUGCCUGCCAGAAUAGCAAAGCGAUGAACGGCCUGCUCAAGACGGAGCUGGGCUUUCAAGGCUUUGUCAUGUCGGAUUGGGAAGCCCUGCACGCGGGCUACGAGGCGGCUGAUGCCGGUCUGGAUAUGGUCAUGCCUGAUAGCGGUGGCUUCUGGGGGACGAAUCUGUCUCUGGCCGUCACCAACGGCUCUUUCACUCAGGAGCGUCUCGACGACAUGGCGACGCGGAUCGUGGCCGUCUGGAGCAAAUUUGGCUCUCUCCCAAACCCAGGCCAUGGGGACCCGCCCACUUCUGACUGGACACUACCUCAUAAUCACACCAAUGCGAUGAGCCACGCCUCACAAGGCACUGUGUACCAGGGAGCUCUCGAAGGACAUGUGCUGGUAAAAAAUGUCAACAACGCGCUGCCCUUGAAAAAGCCCACUGUGCUGUCUCUCUUCGGGUACGACGCGGUGGCUCCUGCGGUUGUUGAUCCCGUUAGUAGCACGAAGUGGCGAUUGGGUUACGAGAGCAUUGACUUCAGUGAGGACAUGGCAUUACGCUACUUCAGCGGGUACUGGAGCAAUGGGACGAACAUCUGGCCGAACGGGCCCAGGGCAGGCUACGAGGGAACUCUCAUCACGGGUGGAGGCUCAAGCACAUCCAAUCCUCCCUGGAUUGUGUCACCAUAUGCUGCAUUUGCCCAGCAGGCUCGCGAAGAUCUCACCAUGCUUUCGUGGAACUUCAAGGACCAGGACCCGGGCGUCAUGGGCGGCAGCGAUGCGUGCAUUGUCUUCAUUAAUGAGUUCGCUUCGGAGGGCUUCGACCGCGGUGGGCUGGCGGAUCCGUGGUCGGACGAGCUUGUCCGCAAUGUUGCCAACCAGUGCGACAACACGAUGGUCGUGAUUCACAACGCGGGUAUCCGAGUCGUCGAUGCAUGGAUUGAUCAUCCCAACAUCACGGCCGUUAUUCUGGCUCACUUGCCGGGCCAGGAAGCAGGCAACACCUUGGUGGACCUCAUGUAUGGCAAAUCUUCCCCGUCUGGAAGACUGCCAUACACCAUUCCGAAAAGGGAGUCUGAUUUCGGCCCUCUGCUCGAUCCCACCUAUGCCGAUAGUGGCAGCCAGUAUCACACGCAAGCCAACUUUACCGAGGGUGUUUACAUUGAUUAUAAGCACUUUAUCAAGAACAACAUCACCCCCCGCUAUGCGUUCGGCUAUGGGCUCACCUAUUCCAACUUCACCUAUAGUAACAUGGAGAUCACACUGCGUGACGACAUUGUCCCCUCUUUCGUGGACGCAUACCGGGGCACGUUGAAGACAGCAAACUCCGCCGACAAUGCCACACGCAAUGGAAACAAUACCGAGCGUCUGCCAUGGGGUGGCGCAGCUCCCCUCUGGGAGAACAUCGCUACGGUUACGAUGGAGGUCGCCAACACCGGGCAAGUGGCCGCCGCCGAAGUCGCUCAGCUGUACGUCGGCAUCCCAGGGGCUCCGGAGAAGCAGCUCCGUGGCUACAAGAAGAAGAUGCUAGAUGUGGGUCAGAGGGUGCAGCUUCAGUUCGAGCUCACGCGCAGAGAUCUGAGUGUGUGGAACUCAGCAAAGCAGGGCUGGGAUCUUCAGAGGGGAACCUACAAGAUUUAUGUGGGUAAGAGUGUAUUGGACAUUCCUCUGGAGGGCCGGCUGGAGGUCCGAUAA